AUCGAUCAUGGGCCUUUACACAACACUUUCUUAUUCUCUAUCUUUAUUUAUAUCUCUCCUUAUCUUUCAUCCAAAUAAUGUUUCAAUCGCAACCCAAACCACAUACUUUCUCGCAUUUCCAAGAGCUUCCACGAUAGCAUUCGGUGAUGAAAAUCGGUAUUGGAAUUGGACCCACGUGGAAUAUGGCGGCUACACAAUUGAAGAAGCCCAUCUUCAUCCAAUAUCUUGGCUCGAUUGUCGUUGGAACUUGCAUUCAUCUAAUUUCAAACUAAAUACUUGGUACAAAGCACACAUUGAUGUAAAGUUAACAAGUGAUGCCUUUGGAUGGACUUCUCCCGUGAACGCUAAAAUUGAGAUGCCAGAUGGGAGUAAGCAAGAGAGUCUAAUAAAAUUAGAUAGACGAGAGAAUGUGGGGUUUGCUAUUUCAUUAGGUAAAUUCAUAAUAACUAAUUCUACCACUAGUGGGGUAAUUCAAUUUGGCUUCUAUAACCAUGAAACUAAAUGGAAAUCAGGGUUGGUUAUAAGAGCCCUUGUUGUCAAUAUGUUAACAGAUGAAUAAAGUAAUAGCAUAAAACGUUAAAUAAUAAGGCAUUUUGCUCUAUUUGGA